AGUUUCAUCAGAACUUUCGUGUGGUUCGGACGCGAAUCGAGCUCUCGGGCCGCCCCAACAUAAAAAUUCGUUUCGACAAUUUUCUUAAUCACAGUUCCAAGGCAGUGACUACAGGGAAGCAGUGCGUAUCAGACAUUUAAAAGAGUUGAAAGUGAUCGGAUAAGUUCAAUCAUUUGAAAUUUCAAAAAUAAGAAUCGAAGGAAAAAUUUGCUCAAUUCGAGGAGAAACAAAAAAAACAUUGAAAUUUUAACGAAGUAAAACAAAGUGAAGUAGAAAGAACAAAAUGGAUAGUAAAGAGUUUCGUGUGCGAGGAACGGAGAUGGUGGAGUAUAUUUGCAAGUAUAUGGAAACGCUGAUGGAACGACGGGUCACACCGUCGGUUGAACCAGGCUAUUUACGUCAUUUGUUGCCUGAUGACGCGCCGCAUAAUCCCGAGAAUUGGGACGAUAUUAUGCGUGAUGUCGAAACGAAAAUUAUGCCCGGUGUAACGCAUUGGCAACAUCCACGUUUCCAUGCCUAUUUCCCAGCUGGUAAUUCAUAUCCAUCGAUUCUGGGCGAUAUGCUUGGCGAUGGCAUCGGAUGCAUUGGGUUUUCAUGGGCCGCGAGCCCGGCGUGUACAGAGCUCGAGACAAUAGUGCUUGAUUGGCUGGGUAAAGCCAUUGGAUUGCCUGAUGAUUUUCUUGCGCUGAAAGAAGGUAGCAAGGGUGGAGGUGUGAUUCAAACGUCGGCAUCGGAAUGUAUUUUGGUUACAAUGUUGGCGGCCCGUGCGCAAGCCAUUAAACACUUGAAGCAACAGCAUCCAUUUGUUGAAGAAGGCCAUCUGCUGUCCAAACUGAUGGCCUAUUGUUCGAAAGAGGCACAUAGUUGCGUUGAAAAGGCCGCCAUGAUUUGCUUUGUGAAACUGCGCAUUCUGGAACCGGACAACAAAUGCAGUUUGCGCGGCGAUACACUGACCAAGGCCAUGGAAGAGGAUGAACUACAAGGAUUAGUGCCAUUUUUUGUAUCAACAACACUAGGUACGACGGGAGCAUGCGCAUUUGAUGCUCUCGAAGAAAUUGGAAUUGCAUUGCAACGAUUUCCCGGAGUUUGGCUUCAUGUUGAUGCCGCCUACGCUGGAAAUGCAUUCAUUUGCCCCGAACUUAAGCCAUUGCUUAAGGGAAUUGAAUAUGCUGAUUCAUUUAAUACCAACUCAAACAAAUGGCUUCUGGUGAAUUUUGACUGUUCAACGCUUUGGGUCCGAGAUCGAAUUCGCUUGACAUCGGCGUUAGUUGUUGAUCCAUUGUACUUAAAACACGGUUAUUCAGAUGCUGCCAUUGAUUACCGUCACUGGGGUGUACCGCUCAGUCGAAGAUUUCGUUCACUCAAACUUUGGUUUGUGUUGCGAAAUUACGGAAUUUCCGGUCUUCAAAACUAUAUACGAAAGCACAUUGAGCUUGCCAAACGCUUUGAAAGUCAUGUGCUUAAAGAUAAACGAUUUGAAAUUUGCAACGAAGUCAAACUUGGGCUGGUAUGCUUUCGACUCGUUGGAGCUGAUAAAUUAAAUGAAAAGCUAUUGAGUACUAUUAACGGUUCGGGAAAAUUGCACAUGGUGCCAGCUUCGGUUAAUGAAAAAUACGUUAUUCGAUUUUGUGCAGUUGCACAGAGUGCCACCGAAGAGGAUAUUGACAUUGCAUGGGAUAUAAUCACGGAUUUUGCAACGGAACUGUUGGAAAAGGAGCAAGCCGAUCAAUUUGCCGAAAUUAUGGAUCGUAAACGAAAAGAGACUUUGGCGCAAAAGCGUUCGUUCUUCGUGCGAAUGGUCAGUGAUCCAAAAAUCUAUAAUCCAGCUAUUAAUAAAGCUGGCACGCCACGAAUGUCAACUGAACAUUGUUCACCGAUUACCGAAGGGGCGCCAGCUAUUCAAACACCAACCUCGAGCAGUGCUCCAGCAUCAGCAUCAUGGAUUAGCUGGCCGCUUGCCUUUCUGUUUGCCAGCUCAGAUGAUGGACCGAAGAGUAAUGUUCCGAUUCGGUUUAGGCAUUUAGAUGCAACAAUGCGUCUAACACCGUCACGUCGAAACUCAGCGACUGGUGGUGGCUCAUCACCGUCGCCGGAAAAUGAAAAUGGUAGUUCAAUUAUGAUUAGUCGCUCACCAAAGCGUUCACCCGUUUUGCAGCGCAAACGAGGCACAUCACCCAAUCCCAAUGGAAAUACCAACAAAUGAAAUGCCACCGAUUAAUCAACGCAACACGUUUUGCUCAUAAUUUUCUUUCUUUUGUUUGGGAUCACCAUUCAGAUCUUAAUGAAAAAUAACAUAAUGUAGGAAAUAGUCGUUCGAUGUAUUCACAUGAAUUAAAUGUUCUUCACUUAAAGAUAAAAUGUACUAACGAUCAUGGUGAUUUUUGUGUAUGUUCACAAUGUUGGUGCUAUGAAAGUCAAUACGAACGCCGGCAGUCGGAUCGAAUUUUAUUGGUUGAAGUCGAUAGCGAAAUUAUUGAUUAGAAAACCGAUUGCAAGCGAUCAAUUUACCUUUCAUUGCUUCAAACCAAUUGAAAGCAGAAAAUCACCCCCAAAAAAAAAGAAACACAAAAUUAUUGACUGUAAAUUCAUUAGCUGGCCACCUUUUUCAUGCGCAUCUUUUGCUAAAUUAGAAUUUAUUGUUUCUGUGUGUCUGUCAUAUGUACUCUCGAUAGUCAUACUUUGAGCAAUAUUUCUUUUCAAAUAAUCGCAUUUCUUCAAGAUCCUUAGAAAACAGCAAACCCAAAAAAAUCAAUGCCAAAUAAUAGCAAUAAACUGUAGAGUUGUCAUUUUGAAUCAAUAAAGGAAAAUACUUGUAUUCGAUCUCUCACAAUA